UGAUCACAUGCCGAGGAGGUUUGAAGUUGCGGCUUCAUAUCACACAUGCGUACCGACAAAUGAAGUGAAUGGCACACGGGUGCAGAAGUGACACCGAGGCGACCACAGAGAGGGGAAGACUACCGGAGGUGUGCCACGGCAGCCGGGGCAAGUCCAGGGAGCAGAGCGGGGAGAAGCGCGCUUGGAGAGGAUGAAGAUGAAAGCCGCGGGAGGCUGUUGUAUCCCACCACCGGCGAAUCCGAAAUCCGGGCUUUGAAGGACGGGUCCGUGGAGAAAGUUCAGCGACCGUGUACAAUGGUUAUAAAUGGGUCUCACCUGAACAGCUCCUCGCCAGAUCCCAGUGACGCCGUCCUGAACCGCCCGCCGUGGGUCACCACAACUUUGGGGUGCUUCCUCAUCUUCACUGUCGUGGUUGACAUCCUGGGCAACCUCUUGGUCAUCUUCUCCGUGUAUCGGAACAAGAAGCUCAGGAACGCAGGGAACAUCUUUGUCGUGAGCCUGGCAGUGGCAGACCUUGUGGUGGCCAUCUACCCAUACCCUCUGGUCCUCACCUCCAUCUUCCACAAUGGCUGGAACUUGGGUUACGUCCACUGCCAGAUCAGCGGCUUCCUCAUGGGCGUCAGCGUCAUCGGCUCCAUUUUCAACAUCACCGGCAUCGCCAUCAACAGAUACUGUUAUAUCUGUCACAGCCUCAAGUAUGAUAAACUGUACAGUGACAAAAACUCUGUCUGCUAUGUAAUGCUAAUCUGGGCGCUGACUGUGGUGGCCAUCGUGCCCAACCUGUUCGUGGGUUCACUUCAGUAUGACCCACGAGUUUACUCCUGCACCUUUGAACAGUCGGCCAGCUCUGCGUACACCAUCGCAGUGGUUUUCUUUCACUUUAUUUUACCCAUCAUGAUUGUCACCUACUGCUACCUGCGCAUUUGGAUACUGGUCAUACAGGUGAGGAGACGGGUGAAGCCAGACAAUCGGCCCAAGAUUACACCACACGAUGUGAGAAACUUUGUUACCAUGUUUGUGGUGUUUGUGCUCUUUGCUGUUUGCUGGGCGCCGCUCAACUUCAUUGGCCUGGCCGUAGCGAUCAAACCAGAGGUAGUGGUUCCCCUCAUCCCCGAGUGGUUAUUUGUGGCCAGCUACUUCAUGGCCUACUUCAACAGCUGCCUUAAUGCCAUUGUGUACGGUGUGCUGAACCAAAACUUCCGGCGUGAGUACAAGCGCAUUGUAGUGUCAGUGUGUACAGCACGCAUCUUCUUCCAGGACAGCUCCAACGAUGCAGGGGAAAGGCUCAAGAGUAAACCGUCACCACUCAUGACCAACAAUAACCAGGUCAAAGUGGACUCCGUCUGAACCAGAACUCAGAGGGAUACCAAGCAGACAAAAAAAUGGAUAUGUUAUGACUAAGAGUAAAAAGAAAAAAAGAAAAACAAAAGGAAAAAGAAUAAAAAGCAGAGCGAGAAAAAAUACCAAAUCUAAAUAUAAAACAGCUUCUGUCCUCUGAGCUGUCCACAGACUGUCAUAUGGUGCUUUCCGCCCUCUGAACAAUCACAGUAACAACAGGGGUGCAUAUUAUCUUUGUCUUUUAUCAAGCACUUUUGUUUGACUCUGAAGUACCUGUAGUACAGUAAAUAUAUGACGUCCGUUUUGUUUUCAUGUUUACAGUGAUUAUAUAAAUGUAUCAUGCAUUAUAUAAGUAUUUAUUUUGUAUGAAAUGUCAUGUAGUUAUAUAGUGAGAUAUAUCAGGUUCCAGUUAAAUGAAGACAAUUUUUUAUCAGGCCAAUAAAAAAUUUCUAAGAAACAUGGUUGAAAAUUGAAGCUGAAGUUUAUUAAUGAAGUUAACCAAUUUUAAUAACCUCAUUUGUGACACUGUAAUACUAAAUGAGUGCAAGCAAUGUGGAUUGCUGCUGUCUUAUUAUACCCUGCAAUACAUUAGGUGGAAUAUAUAUUUUAGUCUCUCUCUCUCUCUCACCUUGUGAGCUUAUUAUACUGUAUGCAUGGAUAUCAGGAAUUGUUCAUAUGCAAAAUAAAAUCUGAUAUUGAUGGAG